AAGUUUAUCGUGUGCGCAAGCCAUAGUCGCACUUGAUAUUCCGACUGAUUUCAAUAUAAAGUUUUAAAACAUGGCAUCGCGAUUUAGUGGUGCUUUGCAACUGACGGAUUUAGACGAUUUCAUAACUCCGUCACUGGAAUGUAUAAAACCAAUUGAAAUUCCAAAGUCGAAGGCUAAGACAGGGGCCAAAAUAAAAAUACAGGAAGACGGAGCGUACGUAGAAUUAAACGAGUCUGGUGCUUCAGAAAAACUGCAAAAAGUCGAGAUCACUUUAGCCGACUGCCUAGCUUGCAGCGGCUGUAUAACGUCAGCCGAAAGCGUUCUUGUUACUCAGCAGAGUCAAGAGGAACUUCUCAGGGUUUUACAGGAAAAUCAGAACCUUCGAGAGAAUGGGAAAGAAGAAGAGGCGAGAUUCAUUGUAGUGAGUUUGUCAGUACAGCCAGUUUUGUCGCUAGCUGAACGUUACGGCUUAGACCCAGAAAUUGCUGCUCGGAAAUUAGCCGGUCAUUUUCGUCAAUUGGGAGCAGAUAUGGUAUUGGAUAUGACUGCAGCAGACGAUUUUUCUCUGUUGGAAUCAGCAAGAGAAUUUAUUGAAAGAUAUAAGUCUUCUCAGGAUGAUGUCAAAGGUCAAAUACCGAUGCUGGCUUCGUCUUGUCCGGGCUGGGUUUGUUACGCGGAAAAAACUCACGGCAAUUUCAUACUGCCUUACAUAAGUGUGACAAAGUCGCCGCAACAAGUAAUGGGUUCUUUGGUCAAAUACCAUUUGGCUGAGUGCAAAGGGCUACCUCCUGAGCGAGUAUAUCACAUCAGCGUGAUGCCCUGUUACGAUAAAAAAUUGGAAGCCUCUCGAGAAGAUUUUUACAAUGAACUUAAGCAGACCAGAGACGUCGACUGCGUUAUUACGUCGAUUGAAUUGGAAAAUAUGUUAAUUAGUCAGGGAGUGUCAUUGAACGAUGUUGAAAGUGGUGAAAUAGAUCGACCUUUUGGUGCGUACGCCAAAGAAAAAUCUGACAAAAUACUUUGGGGACAUCAAGGCUCGGGAUCAGGUGGCUACGCUCAUUUCAUAUUCCAGUACGCCGCUUAUCAUCUUUUCCAAGAAGCCAAUGCUACUGUUGAAUUUAAAAAUCUAAGAAAUCCAGAUUUCAAGGAGGCAGUUUUGGAAAAGGAUGGAAAGAUUUUACUCAGGUUCGCCAUUGCCAAUGGCUUCAAAAACAUCCAGAACCUUGUUCAGAAACUUAAAAGAGGGAAGUCUCCGUAUCACUAUGUUGAAGUUAUGGCCUGUCCAUCAGGCUGUCUCAACGGUGGAGCGCAAAUACGAUCUCAGGAUGGUUCACAGCCACGUGAAUUGGCUGCUAAACUUGAAACAGUUUAUCACAGUCUUCCUUUGAGUAAACCAGAAGAGAAUUGUGUUACAUUAAGUUUGUAUACUACGUGGCUUGAAGGUGAGCACUCUGAUAAAUCUACUGCUUUUCUCCAUACACAGUAUCAUGAAAUAGAGAAGAUGAAUACGGCACUUGCGAUUAAGUGGUGAAAAGUUCCACAGUAACGUCACUACUAAUAACUAAGUAGGUAUUCUCCAAAUUGGUAUAAAGUAAAGAACAAAAUUGUAAGAUUUGUAUUAGCAAUUACAAUAUAUUAAUAUUUAUCAACAUCUUUAUCAUUUGAAACAUAUUUACAAAUUAAAAUCAUAUGAAAUAAAUAUGUGGUACAAUACUGAAGUAAAUAAACACAUAUUUUAUGCCAGAACAACAAGUUUUGAGUUCGAGUAUUAUUAAGUGUUACUCAAAAAUCUAUCUGAGAUUGAAAAUUGUACUGUUUGUGUGUAUUAUGCGAAAUUACAAAUAUUUUUCGAUUUCUUAACUAUUCUAUAUAGUGUUAUUAUCACGUUACUAAUAUUCACGUCCAGUUAUAUACAGGUUUGUUGUACUAAUCCGGAAAAAACGUUAAUAUCAUUCUCUUUUAUGUUUCACUUUCCUGAUUACAAUUUUGAUUAACAAAUAUAUCCAUAAUAUAAGGUAUUCACGUCGAUGCAACUUCAAAAGAAACAUGCGAUUUUUCUCUCUAUUUUUCCUUAUCAAAAUAAAUUCACACUUUCAAAUCUGGUAUUUGAAAUGUUAUUACAUCUUACUUUAUGGUAUUGCUUUCCAUUUUUUCGAAUUGGACCAUUUGUUUCGUGUAACCACAUAUUUCGCAAUUCACUAAUUUUAGUAUUCAAUCGAAAUUUUCUAAAAUCAAUAUCAGUCAAUAAAACCAAUCAAUUCCAUAUUUCACGAAAACCAAGAUUUCAAUCUAGUAAAGCUCUUUGCAUUCUUCAAUGAACCAUUUAAAUGAAAUUCAUUUCUCAAUACAAGCUAAUAUUUAAUAAAGUCAUAAAUCGUACUGGGUGCUCUGCAUUACUUCCGUUUUAUGCAUAGUCAAUCGUGUAAGAUUUCUAUGUAUAGUAAUAAACGCAUUGUACGAAUAAAGCGAUUCACUCUAAAAAAUUGAUGUGCUAUAAUUUGUAAAUGAAUGUAAGCACUUAAAUUUAAAUCUAGAAGCCUUUAAAGUUUCUGUCUUUUGGUAAAUGCAAAAUUAUUUCUGCUGAAGAACUGUACAUAAAACAUCAAGAUGAUCAAUUAAUAUUCAACACUGAAAGUAGCUUGCCAAAUUUUUUGCAUGUUUAUACUUUUGUUAGAAUGACACUACCAAUUAUUUUUACUUAUAUUCUAGACAGCUUUAUGACAACUAAUCUAUGUGAAACACGCGAUAGUGCAAGUGUCCCUUUUUCACAAUUAAAUUAGACAACGAUGUGUUAAAUUAAUAUUCAGGCACUAAAUAAUUA